UUUUUUUUUUUUUUUUUUUUUCUUUGCUUUUUCAUUCCAUACAUUAACCAAUGGCUACAUCAGAUUCUGCAUCAGUUGCACCUAGAGUGUUUUCUCCUCUUUCAGGAACUUUUGGUCUUAAUAAAAACCAAAAACCUUCGGGAUCGCCUUGGAAUCCUCUUCAAUGGCCUGCUUGGUUUUCAUAUCAAAAAGCUUCUCUUAAUUUACCUAGCCCUGGAAAAUUUGAAAGACUUCACGCUGAAGUCACUAAAGAAACAUUCACUACCAAUUAUCUUUUUGAUGGUGCACAGGCCAACAUUGUCAAAGAGCUUUCCGCUAAUUUCCACGUUCAACAUCAAUUCUCUUUAGGUUCACAAGUUAUGCCUCCCAUGUAUAACUUUAUGUCUGGCUAUAUGACAGAAAAAACUAUGUUACAGGGUACCAUGGAUAACGAUACAAACCUUAACGGUGUUAUUAGACACGCUUGGUCCCCUAAUUCUAUUACAAAAGUCAUUGCACAGCUUACUAAUAUGCCUGGGCAUUCUAUGCUUCAAUUUGAGCAAGAACUUAAUGGAACAGAUUAUUCUAUUAACCUCAAGACGAUGAAUCCUAAUCCUUUGGAGAUGACAGGUCUUUAUAUGGCUUCUUACCUUCAAUCAGUUACUCAAAAUUUGGUUCUUGGGUCUGAAGUUGUUUUGCAACGCCCUACACCUGAUAUGGAAGAAACUGCUAUGUCAUUUGUUGGUAAAUAUAGUGGCAAGGAUUAUAUUGCUACUGCACAAUUCCAAGGCUUGGGCGCAAUACAAGCUAGUUAUUAUCAACGUAUUAACGAAAAGGUUGAUUUUGGUGUUGAAUUGAAUUUAAUGGUUCAGGGUGGUCGUAGAGAGGCAGUAGCUACUGUGGGCGGUAAAUUUGAUUUUAGACAAGCUACUUUUAGAGGCCAAAUUGAUACUACAGGUAAAGUGUCUGCUGUUUUAGAGGAAAAGAUGGCACCUGGGUUCUCUUUCCUUAUUAGUGGUGAUUUGGAUCAUAUGAAGGGUCAGAGCAAGUUUGGUAUUGGUAUUAUGUUAUCUGCUUAGAGUUUAUAAUCAUCUCCUUUGUAUUGUGUGUGUGUGUACAUUCGUAUAUAUUAUUAUUUUGUUGACCUUUUUUUUUAUAUUUCUGUAAAGAUUUAUAUGUAUAUAGCAUACAUACAAAAAAUAAAAAUAGUAUUCCUAUAAAAAAUAAACGCAAACAUAGACAGG